AUGUGGCCACUAUCGCAUAUAUCGGCAGUGGCUGUUAUUGUCACCGUCUUUCUUCAAGCCUCGCCAAUAGCAGCCUUGCCUCCACUACAUGGAAUCGUAAGACCUUUGGGAGCAAGGGUUGAAGCUCAUGGACUCUCUCGGCGAGCCUCUCAAGAUCCCUCCUGUCCAAGCGGGUUUCUUUGUAUACAAACGGCGUGCCCCAACAACGUUAUUUGCCCUGUUGGGUAUGGCUGUGUCAACUUCGAAGGUACUCUGGCUUGCGCAACAACAGGGCUAAAAUUCUGUUCUUUGAACCCGACCACCUUCGAGGCUGUCGGUUGUAAUGGGGGUAGCUGUUGCCAUGGAAACUGUUACGUCUCGGAUGCACUCCAGAUCCAGCGUCUCAUCAACCAGUAUUUCUUCUAUAGCCAGCACAAACUCAUCCACAGUUGUUAUCGCAUCAACCGCUUCGGCCUUUACAACUGUAACAUCAACUUCCUCGGUCCCCACAACCUCAUUGAGAAAUGUGUUGCAUUUGCGCAGAAAGGAGCGUGGAGAUAUGCCGGUCUUGAGAACGGAAGCGUAUGCUAUGUCGGAAACACUUUGCACAAUGCGACCGAAGCUUCGUCCAAAGACUGUAAUCAAGUUUGCGCAGGAAAUAGCACAGAGCUCUGCGGCGCUAUGUCUCGUGUCCAGGCCUAUAAUGACUCUUCUUGGUUCUUCCCAGACCUCGUCCAGUUAAAAAACGCUUUUCUCCAGUUAAAUUCGUCGCUAGGAGAGGCUCUUGAAGCUAUCAACGACUAUAGAAGUGAUCUCCAACAACUGCAAACACAAGGUUCAUCAAAAAAUGCAAAGGUGGUCCGAGAUGUGCCAUCGAACAUCUUUCAAAGCUUAAAAAUUGACGGGAAUACGUUCCGUCUCGCUCGAUCUGCUGCAAGCUCAUCAGCGGCUACGGUUUCUCGCUACGCCGGAAUAGCUGCUGCCGAUGAUAUAGAAUUGGAACCGCUGUUAGCGGACGAAGCUAGCAGUCUUGCAGAUCAAACCCUAGGCAGCCUUGAGACGGUCGUUGACAGAGAGGUUGCUAGCAUCGACUCAAACCCAUCUGCUCCUACGAUAGAUGUUCCGGGAGAUCUAGCUGCGAUUGACCCACAAAUUCAAACAAUUGGUAUUCCAGGAAUCGUCACUGCAGGGGCCGGUGCAGCUACUGGAAUCUUCUUGUCACUCCUCCUUCUUCUUUCAAUCGGAACAUCAUCGCCUCCACCGCCGCAAUCCUCGAGCAUAGGUAUGCCCACAAGCACUAUAGUCACAACUGCGUCAUCUACAUCGACAACAACCACAUGCAGUCCUACAAUGUCCCCAACGCCUAUGGUAGUUCUCACUCAGAAAAAUACCUCUGAUGAUGAUGCCAACGAUCUUAUCAAUAGUCUCCCCAAAGGAGCUUUAGUGGAUCAAGACAGCUACCCGAGCAUUGGCUACCUCGCAUUGCUCGUAGAGAUAGACAACUGCGAUGCUGGAAAGUUGCUUGCUAGCCCGAACGUUGCAAGCGUCAGCUUGAAUGCAGAAAUAGAUGAUCCAACUGAAAUUGAAGACGACGGCGCCAUUGGAACUGUAUCUCCGGACACUCUCUCAAAUCUCUCACAUACAAACGUCUCCGAGGCGAUAACAAAGAGAGGUAUUUCAGUGGCUACAGAAUUUUAUUUUGAACAAUCUAACUCAUAUAAUUAUCAUCUUGGAUGGCUUUCAUCGCCCUGGGCCAGAAACCAAGUUCCGGCUCAGUCAGUCCAGAACUUCGACGGCUUUCUCUAUGACAAUGCAACCGCAGAAGAUCCAGAUAACCAAGUUUACAUCUACGUUAUAGAUAAAGGGAUUGCCCCUACCAAUCAAGUACUUCUCCCAUUCCGCAUUGAAAAGACAGUUUCUGAUAUGCUACAGGAAUUUGAUUAUAGGCCAGUGCAAAAUCUAGACUCUUUCUUCAACUCAAGAACCGGAGGUACAGCUCGGAGCGAUGUGAGGGAUGAUAGUACAGGACACGGUACCCGUAUGGCCUCAUUGGCUGCUGGUUACUAUUUUGGUGUUGCCAAAAUGGCCAAGCUGGUUAUUGUGAAAGUUUCAGGGUUUACUGGGCCGCGAACUACGCUGUGGGAACUGGUGAAGGGGAUCGCGUAUAGCGCCCAUAAUGUGGUUGACAGAGGGCUGUCGGGCCGUGCUGUGUUCUCCAUGUCCAUUGCUUUUGAGAUCAAUACCUUAUUUUGGGACUCGGAUCAAGUAGUUGGAAGCCCAGAGAUCAAUCCGUUUCCUUGGCUAUUCAAUGAGUACAUUUACCCAGCUGGUGUUACUGCAGUGGCGGCUGGUCACAACGAUAUUACAGAGGACCUGGCAGCAUUCGAACCGCAGGCCCGUGGAGGCAGCGAGACUGGACUUACCGUGGUUGGCAAUGCAGAUGCUAACGGCGCCAGAUAUAUUGGGGAAGAUAAUAAGGGAUCUAGCAUACUCGACACCUCUAGAAACAACAUUCUCAGUAUUUAUGCUAUGGGCGUGAAGGCCUGUGGUGGGACUACCGACUAUGGUUCUUUCAUCUGCUUUACUGGAUGUUCUCCUGCAACAGCACAAGUCGCCGGAUUGGCGGCUUAUUUCCUCUCGAAACCCACUAUUCGAGCUCAGAUGACUAGCGCCGGUCCUUCAGAAAUUUCCAAGAACGUCAAACAGUACUUAAUUGCCCAGGCUGUCGAACAGAAGGGCCUUAACUGGGGUACCGCCACAGAGCCUGAUACAGUACCUCGAGCCGCUAUGAACGAGUUUAUUGGAUGCACAGAACCGACCGGGCAGCCGACUCAACCAGAGCGGGAGAUGCCUGGCGAUACCAUAAAUACUUUCGACGAAAUCGCGGAUAUUGAUGAUCCGUUAUAUCUGGCUUCAGAUUACCAGCCUAUUCAAUGGGACCAUGGCUAA